AUGGCGGGAUUGUCUCCGUCUCCGGACACAGCCAGUAUAGCUUCGGAAAGACUUUCGCAUCAGGUGUGCGAUUAUCGUUGUGGAAGUGGACUCUACGGGGACUUGUACUGCAAUUGGAGAGAUCUCGGGGACACAUGUCGGUUGUGCUUCAAAGAAGGUCUGCCGGCCCAUCUCGCAGACGAGGUUGCCAUAGCCCAAGGUGCACGGGUCAUUCUUUGCAAUACGCACGAGCCCCCAAUUCGGUCUGAGCCGGAAAUGGAAAGGUUGAUAGACGAAAGUGAGCGCAGUAGAACUGCUGCUGCCAAUCGUUCUUUGGAGGAAUUCGAAGAGAGUGAAGAAGAUCUUGUUUCGCCGGCCGAGAUCAGCAGCCGUGGUGAAAUGUGUGCAUUCAUGGGCGGAUACUUCGAGUUCAUGUCCGAGACGACGAGCUCGGUGCACAGCGUUCUGGAGUUCAUGGAGGGGAUGCGGAUCGCGAUAGCCACGCAUCCAAUGGAUUUCCACGUGUUCAACAGGACCUUGGGCGAUCUCCCAGGCGUAGUAGUAACAAACUCGACAAGCGUAGAGUAUGCCGCCCUGGAAGCCGACCGAUUUUGCGGAAACGGAACACGGUUGAUCUACUACAUGGAAGUCGGACAGAUUAUCAGUCGCACCUUUUCACCUAAGGACACUCACACGGCUCGGGGGCACUUGAUUGUGGUCGCUGAGGAGGUGUACGAUGUCCACAUCGAGAAUGCGGCCCGUGCGAUGGGCAGCGUGAUUCUUUUGGGAUUCGCCACGCCGACAUUUACCUACGGAAGUGACCUUAUUCUUCCAGCUGAUAUCAAUGGACAACUGAGGGCAGUGUUGGGCGCGAAAGCACGUCUCGGGGCGCAAACGGACGCUGCCCCCCCCACCAGUGCAAAGGAGGAGACAGACAGGAUAUAUGCACACGUAGCUUUGGUGGCGGACCUCCACAGGGGUUACGCCUCGAUUUACGUCCCUGAGGUGCUCGCGGCCUUGGCAUACUCCAGUCGACCAAAGGGGGUGGAUUUCAUCAAUAUCCGCGAGUGGCAUCGGGACAACCUCUUCUCGGCGCCUUCCAUUUGGGAAAUCCCCCUGGUGAAGCCUCGCUUUGGCUGCACCUUCGAUGCGAGUCUGGAUCUUCAAGGGUAUCGCAUGGGUGACACCAUCGCAAAAGAGCUCGAAGCGUUCAAGCUUGGGGCUUCGUGUGAGCUCGGGUACAGGAAGAUUGCGAAAUCAGGGUUGGAAGUCAACACCCAUUGGGAGUUCGGCCCGGAAGGAGCAAACACUCCUUUGCCGAACUUGCGAGACUACAACAUUUCCGUCAUGUACCGAACGUUCUCUGGAGAUGCUAUGCUGUUCAACAUGUCACUGGCUUCGCUCAUUGACCGCUUCCCGAGCGCGAUGGAAGUGGUCGUCGUGGUGGUUGAAUCCGACAAGGCACUCUUCGAGAGUAUCGUCGAGCCUUUCCGGGCCGUAGGACCCCUUCCUAUUCAUGUCGUGGCGGAGCCAGAGCUCAUGGACGGCCAUGUUCAGCAAAAAUACUCAAAGGUGAGAAUACACGUACGUACUGACGCGGUGGUUAUGGUACACGUUAGGAAUACACGUCAGCACUACGGCCUUUGA